CACACAAAAAGGAUUGUUAAGUGGAAUUAAUGCAACUGACCACUUUUAGUCACUUCAACGUUCAAACCUUUAAUUCUUUCCCCCAAAACAAAAAAAGUUCAAACCUUUAAGCUUAAAAAAAAAAAAAAAGGCUACUCAAAAAACAAAGACCCCCAUAAAUUUUCUCCAAUUUCUUCACUUCAUUUGCAUUUCCAGCUGAAAUGGAAGCAGAAAAUGAUGAGUACAAGAGAAAAGAGCACUUAGUGCUGGUGACAAUCCUAGUCUUUGCUUCUCUUGCCAUUGCUUCUUUGCUGGUGGCCUUUAGCUACUAUUGCUACAUUAGGAACAAAGUCUCCAGGCGCUUGGAAAAAGCGAGGAAAACGGUUGCUAAUGAGGAGAAAGCAAGCAGUUUUGCAAAUAUUCAAGUUGCUACUCAGAAAGGGCUUCAGGUUUUCACCUUCAAGCAGCUGCAUUCUGCAACUGGUGGUUUUGGGAAGUCUAAUAUAAUAGGACAUGGUGCAUUUGGUUCUGUCUAUAGAGGAGUGCUUCAAAAUGGGAGGAAGGUUGCAAUUAAGUUGAUGGAUUCGGCUGGAAAGCAAGGAGAAGAGGAAUUCAAAGUAGAGGUGGAACUUCUAAGUCGACUGCAUUCACCUUAUCUGCUGUUGUUGAUUGGCUACUGCUCAGAAAGCAAUCACAAAUUGCUGGUCUAUGAGUUCAUGGCAAACGGUGGUCUGCAGGAACAUUUGUAUCCCAUCAGUGGUUCUAAUAACGUCUCUUCAAGCUUGGACUGGGAUACUCGGUUGUGUAUCGCAUUAGAGGCGGCAAAAGGCUUAGAGUAUCUGCAUGAACAUGUUAGUCCCCCGGUAAUUCACAGAGAUUUUAAAAGCAGCAACAUUCUUUUGGAUAGAAAUUUUCAUGCCAAAGUUUCUGACUUUGGGUUGGCCAAACUUGGAUCUGAAAAAGUUGGUGGGCAUGUUUCGACCCGGGUUUUGGGUACUCAAGGAUAUGUUGCCCCGGAAUAUGCAUUAACUGGGCAUCUGACAACAAAAUCAGAUGUCUAUAGUUAUGGUAUUGUUCUGCUGGAAUUACUGACGGGCAGAGUCCCAGUUGAUAUGAAAAGGCCUCCAGGCGAAGGUGUUCUUGUAUCCUGGGCAUUGCCACGACUCACAGAUAGAGAAAAGGUUUUAGAGAUUAUGGAUCUUAGAUUGGACGGUCAAUACUCAAUGAAGGAUGUUAUCCAAAUUGCGGCCAUUGCCGCAAUGUGUGUACAGCCUGAGGCUGACUACAGACCGCUGAUGGCUGAUGUUGUGCAAUCCCUGGUCCCAUUAGUCAAAAACCACCGUCCAACCUCAAGGCCUGGUAGCUGUUCUAGCUUCCAUGGUCCCCAGUCUCCGAAGGUUUAGCAGGACAGUGAUAAAGCAAGCAGGUGAAAAUAAUGGACUAAAAUUCGUCUUUGUAGUUCUGAAUUGUUCUAUCCUUGUAAGCUAACAACUGGAGGGAACACUUCCAUCAGUUAUUCAAGACUUCUGCAUUCUGUAUCUCUUUUGACAGAAACUAGAUUAUCAUGGUAAGCUUCCUGUGUGUUCUCUAAGUUAUGCUUAAUGAUUAUGCUUUAGUUGAACAGAUGUUGCAAAUGAUAGAGUCAGGGAUGUAUUAAUUCUUGUUUCACACUAGUUGUUCAAUAUUAAAUAUGUCUAGUCCUUGUGAGGUGUAAGUUCACAAUAUAAUGAUUUCUAAUCAAUA